AGAAAGCCCAGCGGCGUCGCAGUCGAAUGCCAGACUCGGUGGCCGACGGGAGGCAACAACACAACGUCUGCUGUGUGGUAUACGCAACACACACAACAAACAACACACACCCAGCACUUGCAACGACCAUUGCACAUUCGAUUAUUUUAACUGCUGUACAUAUUACGACGUGUUGUGCUGAGACUGCUCUCGUGCAUUUGUUGGGUUUCAGUUUGUUCUCUACGUCAAGUCAACAAAGAGCACAAAAAUUUCGUGUUUUUCUCUCUCCCGAAUUUUUCGUGCGUGAGUUUUAAGCUUGUGUGUGUGUGUGUGUGUGUUUUGGCACAGUGAAACCUGACAGUGCUCUCUGUUGAAAAAGAAAGAAGAACUUCACCUGCUGGCUGUGAUCUUAUUUUUUCCUCAUUUCAACGAUUUCUUUUGAUUUUCAUCAAAGUCAUCCGGUUUGUUUUGGGUUCGUUCCCGAAUCGAGUGAUCAUACAUUUUCUGCGGGCGUGUGUGUGAGAUUGUGCCGGUGAAUGUUGUUUGUAAUAAUACAGACAAAGUCUUCGUGCCGAUCCAUGAAAUGUGUUGUCUAAAUUUCGUCAACUGAACGACGACGAGUGGGGGUUUUAAAUUGCAUCAUCAAAUUGAAUUUGGAGGGUGAAAUCAGCAUGUCGUCGAUUUGCAAGUCGUUCGAGUCGAACGCUUGGCGCAACGACCUGUGCAGCCACUGCUUCCAGUCGAAAGAGGAACACGACCUUUUGCUUUCGCAGCCGAUGACCUCAUCAUCCGGCAACCCGGCAGGAGCAGCAGCAGCAGCCAAAGAUGUCGCGUCAUCUGCUCUUGCCUCCAGCAGCAGCUCCAGCGGAUUGGGUUCACGAUACCAGUCUGUCCUCAAUCACUGCCGAUCUUCGUACCGAACCGGUAGCACCACCACCACCACAGCCAUCAGCAGCAGCAGCAACAGCCUGACGUCGGUGGCGGCUGUCACGGCGCCCGCAAGUUCGGCGAUGAACCCGUCGACCCGUUUACCAACCCGGGUCAAAGCCAUCCUCAAAACUAACGGCAACAACAACCCGACUACCACCACUGGCAGCAGCAGCAGUAAACAUUCCAAGUCGGUCAACUUCCCCGAUGGAGACCAAGACGCCCACGAGGAGGUCAUUGGUUACGGCGGCCAGGAAUGUUUCGAGUCUGACGACGAAACGGACCUGGAAACGGAUCGUCGCGGUGGAUCCUCAUCAGACGACGACGACGAUCUCCCUUUCACCGACGAAGAGCGAUUGAUCCACAAUCAAACGCAAAAGAAUACCAGCUUCAAUUCGGUCAGCCGGAACUUGUUGGCAUCCGAAGUGGCUACUUUCAAGAAUCACGGCGUUUCCACGAACCGGGUCAGCAGCUCAUCGACGACGUCGACGACGUCGUCGGCUCCUUUGGUGACUAUUCGACCCUUUGGCCAGUCGGCUCCCAGCACGUCGCUGGCCAGCGCCCCGCGGAUCAAGUUAAACGGACCGACGUCGUCGUCGUCGUCGGAUUGCCCCAAGAUCAAUUUGGUGUCGCCCAUGCGCAACGGACAAGUGCUGACGGGCGGAAUGGCCCGCAGCCUCACGGCCGCCACCACCACCAACCAGAGCAACAACAAAGAGCAGAUGAAGAACCGUGAAAACCUGUUGAAGAAAUCGGAGCCGUCGAUUGACGUUGUCAAAAAACCCGAAGUUGAAAAGAUUACGUCCUUUUCCGAUCCGGUUCCGGCCACCAAAAUCACCAAAGAAUCCGCCAACAAGGAACAACCGGCACCCAAAAGUCCGCCGAGUUCGCCGACACCUCCGGCGACCAUCAACAACAACAACAACAGGAAUACAAAGGCCAUUGUUUUACAGUCGAGCCGGGUUGCGUCCGGCCGGAUUGUCGAGUCCGAGAACUCGAAUAAUAAACCGUCAUCCAACCGGAGCACGUUGACCAGGAAGCCUCCAGUGUGGAGGGAAAAGCCUCGCAUUCCAAUCAAGCCGCAAACGACCGUCUCCAUUAAUAACCAGCCCAACGGAAUCUUAGUCGAACCCAAUAAUGCAUCGCAUCCGGCCGGCAACAGCAACAACAAGGUCGAACCUGUGGUGGUGGUGGAACAGCAACCGACGAUCAAGACCCAAAACCCUGCCGACUGCCAGCCGGGACAGAUAAGCAUCCGCUUUGUCCAUUUGUCAUCUGGCGGCGAAGAUUCCGCCAAACCCGCACCGUCCGUCUUACCGCCAUUAGUUCCGGCCAACAAUCUACAAAAGUCUCAAGUCGUCAGACAACUGAGCGCCCUGGAACGUUUAGAUUUGCUCGGCUCUUCUGAAAAUAUCGCGGAAACAUUGGCCACUAAUUGCCCGUCCUUGCCGGAAUCGUCCCCGAAGGUCCCGGAUAAUGGAAUGAUUUCGCCAGCAUUUGUCUUUGAAAACCUUCCGGCGCCGGAAGUGGUCGUUGCCCCGCCAAGAACUCCUUCGCCGAUGAUGGUCGUCGCAAACGAAAUCAAUAACAAUCCCAUCAAGGCCGUUGCGCCCGAACCGGAGACGUCAGCAGUCCAGUUGCUUCCUGAACCGACGACGACGGACUCGACGACGUCCAGCAGCCACAAAUCGCCCGCAUUAAUGGCCAAGAAAGCGGAAGAAACAAGAGAAGCGCAAGGAAUAACCAAAGUUGAAGGGUUUUCCAGCGACUGUCGAUCGAAUUCGACCCGGGGACUGACCCGGUCCGCCUUCGAAGCGCUUAGGGCCAAUUUGGCCGGAUCGUUGGAAUUAUCGCGAGUUUGCCAGCCUCAGUCGCGGGCCGGCAACAGUGGCAACCCUAAGCGUCAGGCUCCUCCCACUCCGCUUUCGUGCGAUGCGGAAGAUUUGACGGGUCAGCAGCCCGAUUCGGGUCCGUCGUCCCCUCCACCUUCUUUGGCUUCCCUGGCGGAUCCCGUGGCCGUUUCUUCAGCUCCGCCGACUCCUCCGACGUCAUCAAUUCCGCCUACGCCUCCUCCUGCGCCAGCUCUUCCUCCGCUGGCGGAUUUUGUCAUCCCGAAAAAAGAAUCACCACCUCCGCCGCCGGAAGUGGCCGGAAGACCCGGCGAUCGGGCCAUUUCGGCCAGCCCGCGCUUCCGCAACAGCUUGAUCUGCACGUCGCCGGACGGCGGAUCGGUGGCCAUGGACGAGGAGGAUCAAGGGCAUCCGCGUUCCGUUUCUCUGACCCGGGUCGAGCGCUCCGACAGCCAAUCGAUGGCGACCAAACCGCCGUCGCUGCGCAAGUUCAUCAAGGAGCGGGCCACUCACUUCCUGCACAUGGCGGAAGCCGGAGGAAGCUGCGGCGGGUCGGCCAGACCUUCCGGCUCGCGACUGUCGCGCUCUGAGCGGUUCGCGGCCGAGAGCUGCACAGCCGUCGGCACAGUCAACGGUAAAAAGGGCAAGAGCCGGUUCUCGCUGCGCAAAUUGCUGGGUCUCAAGAAAGAUGGCGGAUGGGACGAACCGGUCGAGCCGCUGCCGCCGAAAAUCAGACCGGAAAUCGUUCACCCCAUUGACUUCCAUCCCAUCGGCCAGGUUCAAGUCGUGCAGGGCAAAAUAGAGACGACGGGCGAGAGCGGCAUCAUCGGACGCUCGCCCGCUCACGACUCGAUUUCCUCCACCGACUCGGGUCGCCAUUCCUCGCUGGAAAUGCAGCAGAGCGACUCGUCAAUGGGCAGCAGCGACUGCCCGUCACCGGUCAAUAGUCACCAAAGCCCCUCCUUCAAAACUGCUUCACUCAAAGGCCGACCGAAACCUCCUCCGCCACCGCGUCAACACUCGCUGGACCAGCCGCACCACCACCAGUCGCUGGUCGUCGCCGCUCCUUACCGUAUCAACACAACGACGACUCCGACGGGCAGGCCGUCGCGUCCGCCUCCGCCGAAAUCUGGCGAAUCGACACCACCCCAGCACGAAGUCAACCGAUUUUCGCCCGUCCAGAACAACACCACCAACCGGGCUGGUAAUGCGGCCGAAUACGCGAAUCUAGGUGACAUACGAAAUGGAAUCAUGCCCAAGAAGCCGGAACGGAGUGCCAGUCUGAGAACGAGGGAACGUUCCAUGCCGUACGAUUCGCUGGAAUUGAAACAGGACGGAUUGCAUUACGAUUGCGUUUCGAUCCAGCAACAGCAGCAGCAACAGCAGCCGUCGCCAGUCCAUAAACCUACAGCUGACGAGGACGGCUACAUCAUUCCGAUGCGGAUGAAAUCCAGUCCGUCAUUUUCAUCCGUUUCCUCGUCGUCGGCCAGCUCCGGUCAGCGACACAGCCUCACGAGCUUCCAGCCUGCCCAGGAAGGUGGUCCACCUUCUAGGCGAUCCAGCCGGCUCUCCGGUGUGCGUCAAAGCCGUCAGGACCUCCACGUCAAAUUGGAGGAUCAUUAUGGAACGGUGACGGGUGCCAAUUUCCAGGCGCUGGCGCAACUCCUCGAGCAGGCGACGAGUAAGCGACCCCUUGCGCCCCACUUUCACGAGUUGCGUCGCGUCAAGAGUCAAGAUUUGAAGUGGAACGUUUUCGACGAUCAUUGCGUCCUCCUGAGGACGGCCAGCGUGACGUUCAUGCAGAGCAGUUGGCAGAACCACGACCUCCUUCUCUCGGUCUACAACGAUAGCCUACAGGAGAUGGCCGAGAAUAAGGCGCCGUUCGCCCAGCCGGCCGUCGUCACUUUUACGACCCAAGUUCCAGCGCCACUCCUCCCUGUUCUGGGAAUCAAAACUGCUGGAAUUGAAGUUUUCCCACCUGGUCAAGUGGCCAUGUUGAAACAAUUGCCACACCUGUUGGCUUUGGAAAUGGAAGGGCCGAUGGAGCGCCUCCAGCACAGCUUCUCCAUCCUCUUGCAAAUCUGCCGGGCACUGGAGUGGCUUUUGCAACAGAAGCGAGCGGCCAACCAUCUCAAUCACGAAGAGAUUGUCUUUUAUCGUGAACAUAGUCAAGACGCCUACCGACUCCUCUGGCUGCCGCAAGACGCCGAGCCGGCCUACGGUCUCUCAGUCAAGGAAACGCUGUCCAGCUGCAUCCGACUUUUGGCACCUUUGCUGCCCGGCCAACUGGCCGACAAGCUUUUUGUCAUCCUGCAACGAGACGUGGCGUCCGUCGACCGGAUGUGUCAAUUCCUCGAGUUCACCAUGUUCGGCCCGUCGGCCGAUCUGAUUGACGGCGAUCACGAUCAAUCCGAUCUGGACAUGUUUCAACGCUGGCUGGACGUCGAGCGAGCAUCUACGCUCAACGAGCUCAUCCGGACGCAGGGUCUGUGGCGCGUCAAGCUGUCCGUCGUGGAAGAGUUCCGCUUGUCCUUUCUCAUUUCCACCUCCCCGCAUCAUCUUCUCGAUACUAGCCAAAUAUAAAAAAUUUUGUUUUUUCCGUUUUUUUUUUUUUUGUUUUUCCAGUAAAUUUCAUUUUUUUUUUAAACAUUUUUCCAUACAUGUUCAGUCUGGUCUCUGGUGUGCCUUGAUCUAAUUUCCUUAUUAUCUCCUCAAUUCUGUCGAAUCCUUUUUUCCCCCUUUUCAUAACACUCAUUCAAUCGGCUCCCUUCCAAUUCGAUUGCUGGGUUAGAAACACCGUUGAAAACACGUAUACAUUCCAUGUAUAUCAUUCAUCCAGAUAUCAAUAAAUAUGCCUUCCAAUUAAUUCGCCGUCCUUUUUACCAUGUAACAAAAAUGUCAUCGUAACCGGUUUUAAAAAAAUACAGUAUAUUGCAAUCAUG